UUUCCUCCUUGACUGGUAACUCAAAUGACUUAUACUAGCAUUUGUCUUAGUCUAUUAUAAUCUGCUGUGAUGGACCUCAUGAAACCGAGCAGACUCUACUGGCAUCUUUUGCGGGAGAGUUGGAGGUUAACAUCCUCACUCCUUUGGGCUUUCAGUGCCUCGGGAUAUUGCCCAUCCGUGAGGGCUCUAUCCGUGAGGGCUCUGCGAUGAGAAUCAAACUCACGGACGGGAGACUAUUAACGGUCCGCCGAUGCAUAAAAUUGCGUAUCUGGCUUCAUGCCUCCAAGAUAAGCGAGGAGGAGGACUUCUAUCUUCUGGAGGAUGUAGAUGAUGUGAUUCCAAAUGCUUUCGGUGCGCACGCCAUUUUGGGGCAGGGGAGCUCCAUUCAUGAGGGGAUGGGUUCUGGUCAGCCUCCAUCCCUGUCCCCUGUCUUUUCGUCUCCGAAAACUAAGGAGGAUCGGGAUAAACAAGACAAACGACACGCAGAGGCCAAGAGAGAGGCUUCAGAGGCAGAGCGCAAGAGAUGUGAAACUGAGGUCGCAAAAGGUCGGGCUGCCAGGCAAAGCAGGGGAAACCACGAUCCAGGGGCUCGGCGGUAAUGUCAGCAAGGCUGAGAUUACAUGUGUUUCUCGUUGAUACAUUCCACUGGUUUUCUACCAUCUUGCAAAUAAGAUUAAAUGCAUUACAGCACCUUUGCCUUAGCUAUCUCUUCCACCUCUCGGUAUCUCCCUACACCAUGUAAGUUUAG